AUGACGAGGGGAAUGAUCGCACUCACCCUCACGGGGUUAGACCAUCGCGAUGGAAGCCUUGUUGGCAGCACGGACGACGAACAUGCUCGCGUCGGAAACGGCAGUAGUGGCAGUGGCGGGACUGGUGGCACCCACGAUGACGGCGGCGACGACGACGACGGCGGCGGCAGCGGCGGUAGCGGCGACGGUGGCAGUUACGACGACGUCGACGAAGCUGAAGAACGCGGAGAACGCGACGAUUGUGGCGGCGGUGGUGGCGACCGCACCAUGAGCGACGACGACGUUAGCCCAGCCGCUACUGCCGCCGCCACCCUGAUCAGGCUGCUCUGCGCUAUAUCCAUUGCUCCGCCACCACCACCACCACCACUACCACCGCCACCAUCGUCAUCGUCACCGCCGCCGCCACCGCCGCCGCCGCCGCCGCCGCCGCCUCCUCUUCCCUCUUCCCAUAUCCCAAUUUAUCCGCACGGCGUGACCGAGGAAAUCUCGUCUCGCGCCGUGCCCGACUUUAGUUCACAGUCGAACGUCUCUCGGUACCGAGCGUCAUCGGUCACCAAGUGA